AUGGGUAGAAGGGAGAUGUUAUUAAUGCUAUGCAUGUUGGCGACAGCGAGAGUACGAGGUGAAGACCCGUGCGAGAUACUAUUGCUCCUCCGGGAGUGCCGUAACAGGUCCUUUUUACCUGACAUGGUAUUCAACAUAGGAAGAAUAUGCAACGUUGGUCUUAAGGACGCCCAUAACUUCAGGAUACAAGGGCAUCCCAUCAUGCUUGUGGAGACGAAAGUCGCCUUGCACUCCAAUCGUGCCGCCAAACUCACGUCGCCACCUUACUUUAUCAUAGCCAUCUCUCCUCUCAAUGCCACGAAGGCCUUGGAUCCUAUCGCCCCUUAUGCCCUUGUUUCCUUCAUGGCCAUUACCCUUCCCCUUGUGCCGCCUUGCGGAAUUACGACACUAAAGUUGCACGAGGCGGCUGGGAUCCUCGUUGCAGUGCUGACUAGGGACGGAGAGGAGUUGGGUGCGGCAUGUGUAAGGGACACGAUCAAGUGCUUGGGGGUUUUGAUUGGGUUUUGGUCAUAA